AUGGCUGCUGAAUCGUCUGCUGGUAUCAAGUCUACUCAGGGCUUGAUGAUUGGUAGAGGCACUCUUAUCAACAAUCUUUACAUUCUUCAAGUUCCUGCUGAUCCUUCUUCCAAUUUCUGUGGUUCCUUGCAUGAUGAUGCUCUUCUUUGGCACCAGCGCCUUGGACAUCCAUCUCAGGCCAAAUUACAACAUCUUUCGGGUAUUCUGCAUUUGAGUAAAGCUGCUGCUUCUGAUCACUGUUGCAUUUGUCCAUUAGCUAAAGGAAACUUCUAA